ACUGAGCUGAGAUGGAAACUGGAGAGCAGGUUGGAGUGGAGGCUGUCCCCUACUGCUGUUCUGCCUGCGAUGGUGGGGAGACCCCCGCCUGUGGCCUGGCCUGCCGCACCAGAAAGACCCGCAGCCUGAGCACCUCGUCUGCCACUGCUUGCGACUACAGAGAUUUUGGCAGUAUCUCCAAGCGGCCUCGCAACCGCAGACCGCAUGUAACCACACCAGCCCAGGACCUCUACAUCUGGCUUCUUCACCUGUGGGAUCGUCUGAGACCAGCCACCCAGACAGCUGAUGAAAUUGAGUAGUAUUUAUGUCUGUAAUAAAGCCCUUUUGUGGUGAAAAACACUUUCUUAUUGGUUGUGGGUGGGCCUAUGCCCAUCCAUAGCUGCCCCCUCCUGCCCGGUCAUAUGAAAUCCAUAGAUUAGGGCAUAAUUAAUCUAUUUCAAUUGACUGAUUUCAUUAUAUGAACUGUAACUCAGUAAAAUCAUUGAAGUUGUUGCAUUUAUAUUUUUGUUCGGUAUAGUUUUUCUCAAUUGGUUUAGAUUUUAGAUUUAAUAGAUUGGUGUUUUCAUAAAUAUCAGAUUUAACUUGAUUAAUUUCCUUCCAAACUAAUUUGUAUUACCAGCCCUAGAUAUGAAACAUACCUGUAUCUGAAACAUGCUAAAAGUUUAACGUCUUCCGAAAAUUGUCCCCAUCUACCAACACAAAAUGACAUUAGAAUUCUUAAAAGAUAAUUCUUAGUGGCAAUUCUUUUUGCAACUUCACAUUAUAUGACUUCCGUGAGAGGAUGGUGAAAAUGUAGGCCCAGCCCAUGUAGGAUGGGUGCUUUACAUUUGCUUAACAAACUUGUUUUGAAAAAGGACCCAAGGCUGAGUAUGCAUUCUUCUCAUGGUUAAAGAGAUUUAGUAAAUUAUUUUGAAAGGAUAUCCUGAGGUGUCUCGACACAUCUACCAGUAUUAUUUUCAGACUUUUGUGAGAGUGUUUUGAACCUGUAAACAACAUGCUUUUUCUCUCUGUCAUUCAAAUGUUUCAGGAAAAAUCAGUCUCUACAUGGAACAAGUCCUGUGACCACUUUUGGACCCAAAGCAUGUAUGCUACAGAAUCCACACGCAGUCAUGCACAUUCAGGACCCAGCCAGCCAGAGACUGACGUGGAACAAGCCUCCCAAAAGUGUCCUUGUCAUCAAGAAGAUCCAGGAUGCCAGUCUACUGCAGCCUUUCAAAGAGCUCUGUGUGUUUCUCACAGAGAAAAACAUGAUUGUUUACGUGGAGAGGAAGGUUCUGGCGGACCCAGUCAUCCAGGCCGAUGAGAGCUUUGCGGCCGUCAUCCAGAAGUUCUGCACCUUCAGAGAAGAUCUCGAUGACAUUUCCAAUCGAGUGGACUUCAUCAUCUGUCUUGGUGGAGAUGGGACCUUACUUUACGCAUCGUCACUCUUCCAGAAGAGUGUUCCACCUGUUAUGUCCUUCCACCUGGGUUCUCUGGGCUUCCUCACGCCUUUCAACUUUGACACGUACCAGUCUCAGGUCACCCAAAUCAUUGAGGGUAACGCCGCCAUCAUCCUGCGCAGUCGCUUGCGAGUGGUGAAGGAGAGCCGAGAGAAGAACGCCCGGGUGGACAAGAAGGGCAUCAUCAUGACCAAAGGAGACAGCGAGGGCAGCCGCAAAGCCAUGCAGUACCAGGUGCUGAAUGAGGUGGUGGUGGACAGAGGCCCGUUCUCCUACCUUUCCAACGUGGACCUCUUCUUAGACGGACACCUCAUCACCACGGUACAGGGAGACGGUGUGAUCGUGUCGACUCCCACGGGCAGCACUGCGUACGCGGUAGCAGCCGGAGCCUCCAUGAUUCACCCCAACGUGCCGGCCAUCAUGAUCACCCCCAUCUGCCCCCACUCACUGUCCUUCAGACCCAUAGUGGUGCCUGCUGGGGUGGAACUCAAGAUCAUGCUGUCACGUGACUCCAGGAAUACAGCCUGGGUGUCAUUCGAUGGGAGGAAGAGACAAGAGAUCUGCCAUGGAGACAAGUGCGUGACCUUUUGGCCCCUCAGUCAUUGCAACCUCCCCCCUAGUCAAAAUACCACCAAACAAAAGCUGAUAAACAUGGAAGAUAGCCUGAUGAACUCAACCCAAAGCUCAUCUAACUCCCGCAAGCAUUACCAUCACUACUUCCUGCUUCCCCGUUCCCUCCAUCUGUUUCCAGGAUCCCGUGAACGACUGGUUCGAGAGCCUGGCACAAUGUUUACACUGGAAUGUGAGAAAGAAGCAGAACUACCUUAGCUCCAAGGAGGACGUGUUCUGACGCCAACAACCUCGCCUCCCCGUGACACCAUUCUCAUAGUACACCAUUUUGGGUGCGUUCCAGAUGCACAGAUUCUGCGCAGUUCUUCAAAAAUCAAAUCCGAUCUUUACAAUACCUGGACAAGUGUUUAACAUACCACGGCAAAAUGAUAUAGCGAUCCUAUAUCUGGAACGCACCCUUUGACUUCAGUUGAAUUCCAUCAGGUCAAUUUGCAAUCAACAUCCUCCGGAGAUUAAUUUGUUUUGGUUCUAGAUCAUCCCUUACUGUUAAGAAUUUCACACCCUUUUAAAAAGAUUGUUGAAAUGGUCUUUUUAUGCCAACAACCAGAUUGUCUCAUAUCUGACUGAAAACAAUCCAGGUUAAAGUUAACCUGUUAGACAAAGCAAUACUGAGCUACGGAUCAACCCCAAGCUUCUCAGCAUAUAACACAGAUAUAAUGACUGUUGUCAGUGGGGACCUUUAUCAAGAACCAAAGUUCUUGGGGAUAUGGAGUUGAAAAUGUAUUUUAUAGUAAUGAUUGACGUUUUGAUACAAUCCCUAAAAUAAAAUGUAUUAUUACUACUUCAGGAAUAGCAGAAUUGCUUCUACUCUGCAAUAAUGAAAUAAAUGUAUAGAUUGUGCCUUAAACUGGACAAUUAUAUUAUCAUAAUCAAUGAAGGUUUACAUAACUUUCAUUUUCUUAAAUCAGAUUUACAUCUUAGUGCAGGUGUAACAACCAUAUCUUCAGUAUUCCUCAUAUUCAAGCUUCUCAAAUGGCUUGUACAAAUGUUAAUCUUACAUUAAUGUUGCGUAUCUUAACUACUCUGUCUACAACAACAACGCUGUGGUGUCUGACCGUGUGUAAUGUCAAAAGAGUAUGGCACAAACAUUAAGAACUGAAGUCCAUUCCAGGUGAGAUGAGACCACAACUCGGUCUUCAUAGCCUUUCACUAUAAAGCCAUAGCUCUACUAUGUUAUUCGUUUCAUAGUCAAGUGGGAUGCAUAAGGUGAUUCCAUUGUAAUUCUAUUGUUUACAAUCAAAGCGAUUGUGAGUCUACAGGGUUUUUACCACCCCAGGUUUUUGAGUUUUGUUUUUGCUUUAGACAUUGGAGGCCAGGUAGGUGGACUUUAGCCCAUUAAUGAUAUUGAAUAAUUAGCUCCGUUGGUGAGGUGAUGAGUAGAUUCUGGUGUAGUGUCUGGAUGGACCUAAACCCUGCUGUGCCACUCCAGGACCAGGGUUGUCAACCCCUGACCUAUGGUGUCUGACUGUUAUUGCAGUAUGCUGAGAGAUUGAAGGCAUUCAGAUUCUACAAGGUAGUGGCCUGCCUUACCAGAUGAGACUGCAACACUCACCCCACUUAUUGACAAGCUCUGAAAUACCGACUUGAUAAAAUGUUAUGGUGUGAGGGUUUUUCUUCUAUCUUACAGACAAAUUAGAGUGUACGAGUUUACUACGUACAUUGUGUGUGUUGGAUGGGCAAGUGAAAUUUCCCCUGAUAGAAAAACUGGUCUAAGCUCUGUGGAUACCAGCGCACCACACUCUGCAAAAGGACCAGGUAACUCUAGUCAAUCAAUCAUUCCUUAUUUUCUCAUUUAUGAUGCUUGAUAUAUUUAUUAACCAGUUUACACUAUCAUUGCUGAAAUAUAAAUCUCUGGUACGUUUUUGUAUAUUGAUAUGUAUAUGAUUAGUACAGUAAGUCAGUUUAACUAUAUCUAUUUUCUCAAAGUAGAAAAACAAAUGUCCUCUUUCAGUGGAAUUUGGAGUGGUCUUUUCAAGUUAAUGGUAGUCCCUUCAGUUGUUACGGAGAUAUAGUUUGGAAACAUCUGGAAGAAAUCCAUUUGUCUUUGUAUGCUAUUAUACUUUAUUUUUCAGAGAGAGUAGUGUUUUCUCUCCUGAAGUAAAGGCAGUUGUGAACUUUGCCUUACAAACCAGUUGCACUGAAAUCAUGCUAAUCAUAUAAACUUCCCCCAAUGUGAUAUAUUUUGUGGGACCUUUUGGAUGAAGGACCUUAUUCCUAUUGUUCUUUCUAUGUCAGUUAUUCUCUAAGUGCUUCUCACUUUAUACUUUGUUUUGUAGACUUCUCCAACACUGAUCACUUUGUAAAUGUUGUUUCUGAAAUAAAUUAUAUUUUUCCAGAGCACUUUAAUAAACAAAAAGAGCCAA